UGCAUCACAAUCCAAUCGAGUAUCUGCGGCAGAUGAACAUGGCGUCGAGUGAGGGCGAAGCUUGCUGACAUGAAGCUCUCGAAGCGCUGAAUGCCCUGCAACGAAAAACUGCCCCGGCGCUUGUAAGACGGUAAACCGUGUGUGAAAAAAUGAUACGCGAGUGAUACGAAACUCUUUCGGAGUGCUAGUGGCAACAGAACGGCGCUGAAGAUGGUACGGACGGCUAUAGUGCGGCGCGGAAGGCAAAGUCGCCGAGCGUUGUUUUCUUCUUCGGUCGCAGCAGCUGCGGCCGCUUUUAUCGUUGCUCUGGCUCAGCUCGCGCAAGGUUAUGAUUUAGAGUUUGCUAUUGAACCCCAGGACACGAUAGUACAAAGUGGACAUUCGGCAGUUUUGGAUUGUGUGGUAAAAUCGUCCGAAGACACCGCCAGCACGAUUGUAACACAAUGGCUCGACGAGGAUCAUCAGCCUCUUGCGUUUUUAGGCGAUGCUUACAGAUCUCAACUGACGAACGGUUCGCUGUAUAUAAGCAGCGUUUUAGAAGAACAAGGUUUAAGCUUAACCGGCGCUUAUCAGUGUAAGGCUUCGCUGCCGGGCGGCGCCUCUAUUGUCAGCAGGACCGCACACUUGAGUCUAGCCAGCAUAUCUAGCUUCCAGCAACAACCACAGGAUAAUACAGUCUUCCUGGGUCAGAAAGCACACUUUGCUUGUAAGGUACGGGCGUCGCCAGCUCCGAGAAUAAGAUGGCUGAAGGACGAACGUCCGUUGCAAAUUGAUGAAAUUCGAAUGACUGUGUUACCAAGCGGGGCGCUUGAGAUUGAUGAAGUGAAAGAAUCCGAUCAGGGAAUGUAUAGGUGUAACGCAUCUGGGCCAAAUACCCAUUUGCUCAGUACUAAAGCACAUCUGUUAAUUAAUGAAGAUACUGAUCAAGAGGAUUAUACAAAUAUGCCGCCAAAGUUUAUCGCGGAACCCAUGGCGCAGGUCGCCACUGAAGGGCAAACUGUUACGUUGGAUUGUGCGGCAAAUGGUAAUCCUGCACCGGUGAUUAAGUGGCUUAAAGAUGGAUAUAAUAUUGAUAUGGCCGAUCUGGAUAGCAGAUUCAGUCUGAUUGGAUCAUCAAGCAGUUUAAAGAUUUCGAACAUUCAGGAAGAAGAUGCUGGAACGUAUCAAUGCCGUGCAUCCAAUCAAGUGGAUAGUUAUGAUAAAAGUGCUACCAUUGACGUGCAGGUCCCACCACGGUUUGUGGACAAGCCGAAGCCACGAGUUGAAAUGGAACAUAAUGUUGUCGAGUUUGAGUGUACCGUCUACGGAAAGCCGGAGCCGAAGGUUUCCUGGUUGAAGAACGGCGAGCAUAUAAAUACGAACGAGUACUAUCAAAUAGUCAACGGUAACAAUUUGAAAAUUACGGGCUUGAUGAAAAGCGACGCGGGGCUCUUUCAGUGCGUCGCGACGAACGCAGCCGGAAACGUGCAGGCGGCGGCGAGUUUAGCAGUAACAGAUGACGUAAAAGCGUCCAGCCCAGAACCGGCGAAGAAGCGCCGCAAGAAAGGGCAUAAGCAUCGUAUUGACGGACAAUCGCGGCAACUAUUUGUGAGUUUGAAAUCGGAAACUCCCGAUGCGCCGCUUGGCGACGUUGAGUUCGGUUAUACUGGUCACAAGUCGACGACGCUCAGUCAUCCGAGCUAUGACCCCAAGUCUGUGCUCACGUCACUACAGCCCGAUCAUGAGCAAGGCGGUGAUAAGGCUUUCACUGACGUCACACUUCCACAAUCCAAACCUUUGCUUAUAGUAGAUGACGGUAGCCACGGCGAGGUAUCCAUUGGACCACCGCAAGAUCUAAAAGCACCUGUGGUCAAGGCCCGUUUUGUCGUUCUUAGUUGGAAACCGCCCGCCUCGAAUGUGGACGAUAUCAUCGCCUACUCGGUUUAUUACCGCCAGGAGGGAAGCGAAAGGGAACGUGUUCAAAAUACCACACGCUCGAAAUUGGAGGAGAUAAACAUUGGAAGUUUGCAGCCGGCCAAGGUUUACAAUUUUCGGGUGGUUGCAUUCACUGAGUUGGGGGUGGGCGCGUCCUCCGAGACGCUUACCGUGACCACACAAAGCGAAGAAAACGUGCCAAGCGCCCCGCGCGAUUUUGAAGCUUACGCGAAUGGCAUCCGGUCGAUUCACGUCAGUUGGAAAGUUCCGGAGACGCCAAACGGCGCAAUUUUGAGGUACAAGGUGUACUACAUGGAAACUGUACAAAGCGUCGAAUACAAUGCCGAAACAACCUCAACGGAAUUCGAUAUAAUCGCGUUGUCGGUGUUUACCAAGUACAAUAUUUGGGUAGUGGCGAUUAAUAAUAACGGCCCAGGUGCCGCUAGUGAGGACAAGACUAUUCAGACCUUUGGGGACGAACCUUCAGAACCACCUUAUAAUGUCACAUUGGAGCCUUCUAGUAGCACGAGUAUUUUGGUGCGUUGGGAACCGCCUCCACUAGAAGGACAAAACGGAAUAAUUACAGGAUACAAACUACGCUAUCGCAUUCAAGGCAAAAAAGGUGGCAACACAAUAACAACUCCUGCAAAUACCCGGAUGCACACGCUCAGCGAUCUGGAGCGUAGCACUAAAUAUCAAGUUAAACUAUGGGCUAUGAAUGUAAAUGGUACUGGACCACCAACAGAUUGGUUUGAUAUUGAAACGUACGAAAAUGAUUUAGACGAAAGUCGUGUGCCGGAUGAACCCGGACCACUUAGAGUACGUCCCGUGUCAGAUAAAAUCUACGUGAUGUGGAGCCCGCCAGCGAACCAAAACAUCAAGAUCCGUAACUAUAUUCUCGGUUGGGGCAAGGGGAUCCCGGAUAUCUUUGCGCAUGAAUUGGAUGAAAAAUUGCGGCAGUUCAUCAUCGAACGCCUCGAGCCAAACUCGGACUACGUGAUCAGCUUGCGCGCAAGUAACAGUGUGGGGGCGGGACCACCAGUUUACGCGAACGUGCGAACUCGGGAAGAAGCGCCGCCUGAGGUACCUAUCCCACUCACACCUCCAAUUGGUCUCAAGGCUCAGGUCCUCAGUCAGAGCAGCGUCAUUCUCUAUUGGGUCGACACCACCCUCAGUAAGAGUCAAUACGUGCGCGAUAGUAGAUACUACACAAUUGAAUACACUUAUCAUGCGGGUAAAACACCGAAAACACGCGCACUCAAUGUUACCAAUCUCAAUGUAAUGAUCGACGAUCUUAAACCUGCGACGCAAUAUGAGUUUAUGGUGAAGGUGGUCAAGGGGCGACGCGAGAGUCCGUGGAGUAUGGUAGUUACAAACACUACGUGGGACGUUGCGCCAUCUACGGCCCCGAGGGAUUUGACGGCCUCGCUGGCCGAAGGCAACUCGCAACUUGUCGAAUUGUCCUGGCAGCCGCCCAAACAGCAUUCAGGCCACGUGACUGGAUACAUUAUUAUGUACACGACGGACAACACUAAAAAGGAUAGGGAAUGGCGCGUGGAGGCCGUUAAGGCUGAUAAGCAAAAGUUUUUGUUGACUGACCUCAAACCUUCGACCGUUUACUAUUUUAAAAUUCAGGCCCGGAACAAUCGCGGGAACGGACCCUUUUCAUCUACUAUACAGUUUCAAACCGGAGAAAAUUUUAUUGAUCGCAGUGUAGGGAGCAAUUCGGUUGAAGAAUCCAAACCACUCUUUGAACAUUCAACAUUGUUCAUAAUAAUUGUUGCUGCGUUGGGAUUACUAGUCGUGACCACCGUGUUUAUUAUCACGGUGGUUUUAUGCCGGCGCCGAACGCAAAGCCCGGCAUCCCCUGACCGUAGCAAAAAGGGUUAUCAGAAGGGUAAUCAGAAUAUUAAACCACCCGAUCUAUGGAUCCAUCACGAUCAGAUGGAGUUGAAGAAUCUCGAAAAGGGACACAAUAAUGAUGGUGCCAGCAGUAGUGGCGCGAUGACUUUGCCCCGCAGCGUAGGCAAUAACGAGUACGAUGAGCGCGACGCUCACCCGACAAAUUCACUCGACAAACGUACUUACAUCUCAAAUAAUUAUAUGGGAUUAUCUCCCGACGGCAAAUACUCGAUGAAACCUAAACCUAUAACUUUUCCCAUUGAUACUAAGCCACACAAGGAACCCGUUGCAACUGCCACACCUAUUAAUAACUCUACGUUGAGUUCGGAUACAACGCCGAAUCGUCCGUUUCCACGGAGUACGCAGUAUACUAUGUCGAGAGCUCAUGUGACGCUAGAUCCUCCGGGGCAACCAACAGAGAAUUUGUAUUCUGCGCAUCCGAACUAUGAGAAUAAUGGAACACCGUAUUUAUCAACUUGUCCGCCUCCUGUAGCACACGUGCCUCCAAGUGCCUACGCUCCUGGUAUGGCUAUACUAGCCGAAUCCCAAGCCGCCAAGAGACUCCAAGCGACCGGCCAUCCCUUGAAGAGUUUCACCGUGCCUGCCCCGCCUCCAAUUUCCGCCCCUGGUACGCCUCAACCUAAACACGUUGUAACGUCCAGUCCUCCAUUGAUAGUGCGUCCGAACGCGUCCCCCUACAAGAAGGCACCGUCGAGCGGUUCAGGCUCAGUGUCUGUUUCUAGCACGCCGCCGUCGCGAAUUGCCUCCAACCCGCCACCGCACAACGCCGACGAGAUACAAAGACUGCAACCCUCGCAUUCCACCGAAGAGCUCAAUCAGGAGAUGGCCAAUCUCGAGGGGUUGAUGAUGACUUUAAAUGCCAUCACCGCUAACGAGUUCGAGUGUUAGUCAUUGUUUCACUCACCCACCGUACAAGAAGUGUACGGGUUUAAUCAACUUCACGUUUUACACCAAGCGUAGAUAUAGAAACGAUCAAAUGGCCUAUUUGAAAAACUUCGUACACGAUUAUGCAUAAUUUACGAUAUAUUCAAAUCAAUUUUAUACGUAAUCUAGGUUUUUAUCAGAGAUUUACCCCCUUUUAUACUCACUUUGAAAAAGAGGACGAGAAGCAGACACACACGCGAAGCGUACAUUCGUAAUCUUCUCAACGGCGUCGUCGAUCAAUGAUAGGCACCGCGGCGCCCUAUGUACAUAUAAACGAUACCACCCCGGGCACCCCAUGACAAAAUCAAACAGUAUUUAUAUUUGUAUAUACAUCCGUCGUACAUUGCUAGUUGAUCAAGUGUCCAUUCUAGGAAUACAACCGCAACAAAUUGAUGUAUUUAGUCGUGUGCUCAUUUAAUCUUAGGAAUUGACCUGAUCGCAGCUAAAACUGUAUUGGUCGUAAUUGGUGGAUCAGAACCAUAACCCAUUUUUUUUUCGUGGCAGCUAUGGCAGCAGUACACGCAAUAAAAUUAAUAUGUUCUAUUGGAUCUCACUUAAACAUACGAAAGUCUGAUUGUAUUCAUCACAUUUCAGUAAUUUGACUUAUUCAAUUUUAGCUUCAUUGGUUGAAGACAUGCCAAUAUAUAAUCUAACAAACAAAGCACUCAUUUUGUUUGUUUGAUCGAAACAAUCGUCUAUUUAUAUUUUCCACCAGAUUGUUCAUUAUUUGAAUAUGUUAUACAUAUUAGCUAUUAAUUUAAAUGGUAGUCAGAUCAAAUGUACUAUUAUAUUUUAGUGGAUCGAAGCUGGCAGUUUCGCACGAUGUAUUGAUCCGAAUUGUGUUCGUGCGCUUAUUUUGCCAUAAAACGCAGACACACCGCAUUUAAUUAUAGGCUGCAAUUUAUUUUGUACAUACAUAUAUAUGUGACAGUUUUGACGACUAGUUUUUAGGCAUUGGAUUAUCUUAUUUGAUGCGUACUUGAAGUUUGUUUGUGAUUUUAUUUUUAUAAUAUUUAUAUUUAAGCUAACGAUAUAGAGUAAACGAGAGUAAAGAGAGGUGCGUAAAGGAUAGUGUAAAAUCGAAACAGCCACGAUUGUUAUAUUAACACUGAAUAUUGCCAUUUUUUAUACUUCGUUCAUUGUUCAUUGCGUACGUAUUGCUGCUGUAAUCAGGAUGUGUGCAACUUGAAUGAAUGUAAAAAAACAAGACAAAAAUUAGUCUAACCAAGUUUAUUUAUUGCCAAUAAUUAAAAAAAUAAUUUAAUCAAACAAUAA